UUGUAUAUAUAUAAUCAUAUAUAGAGGGACAGAUCACGAAUCCACCGCUUUCCAUCAUCGAGUCCCCAAAACAAAACCGCCCCUUGUUUCUUCUCCACUCUUCCCCCAAAUCUUUAUAAAUUCCCACCAUUUUCUUUCCUCUCUCCCCACUCACAGUCACAAAACAAAGUCCAUUCAGUCUUAAAUUCCCUCUCCCAACUUUCUCUCUCUACUUCUACCCCUUUGAUUUCACUCAUCGGCAAUGGAUACUAAGAUCGGUGCAUUGGACUCGUGCAAGCCAGCAUGCAACGACAUGGGCGUCCUACCGGACAACGGUGUCGUUUCCAGUAUCCUGCACGCCUCCACCGCCGUCGUCGGGCCCACCGAUGCUACACUGGGUCGCCACCUUGCGCGCCGACUUGUCCAGGUCGGCGUGACCGAUGUCUUCUCCGUCCCCGGCGACUUCAACCUCACUCUCCUUGACCAUCUCAUCGCCGAGCCAGGUCUCAACCUCAUCGGCUGUUGCAACGAGCUCAACGCCGGCUACGCUGCCGACGGAUACGCCCGGUCUCGCGGCGUCGGCGCCUGCGUUGUCACCUUCACCGUCGGUGGCCUCAGCGUUCUCAACGCUAUCGCCGGAGCUUACAGUGAGAAUCUACCCCUCAUUUGUAUUGUCGGUGGACCCAAUUCCAAUGAUUACGGUACCAACAGAAUUCUUCACCACACUAUCGGAGUGCCCGAUUUUAGCCAAGAGCUUCGAUGCUUCCAAACUGUUACUUGCUUCCAAGCUGUUGUGAAUAACUUGGAAGAUGCACAUGAACUGAUCGAUACUGCGAUUUCCACUUCGUUGAAAGAAAGCAAGCCUGUUUAUAUCAGCAUAAGCUGUAACUUGCCGGCGAUUCCACAUCCUACCUUUAGCCGUGAGCCAGUUCCAUUCUCUCUCUCACCCAGAGUGAGUAAUCAGAUCGGUUUGGAAGUAGCAGUGGAGGCAGCAGCAGAGUUCUUGAACAAGGCAGUGAAGCCAGUGAUAGUGGGUGGGCCUAAACUGCGGGUUGCACAGGCAUGCGAGGCCUUUGUUGAAUUAGCUGAUGCUUCAGGUUAUGCGUUGGCGGCAAUGCCAUCAGCGAAAGGGUUAGUGCCGGAGCACCAUCCCCAUUUCAUAGGGACUUACUGGGGGGCGGUGAGCACGGCCUUUUGUGCUGAAAUUGUGGAGUCCGCUGAUGCUUACUUGUUUGCUGGCCCCAUAUUUAAUGACUACAGCUCUGUUGGAUACUCCUUGCUUCUAAAAAAGGAGAAGGCAAUCAUAGUGCAGCCCGAUCGUGUUACAGUCGGAAAUGGGCCUUCAUUUGGGUGUAUUUUGAUGAAGGAUUUCUUGAGUGCACUCGCGAAGAGGCUGAAGAAGAACACUACUGCUUACGAAAAUUAUCACAGGAUCUACGUUCCCGAGGGACAUCCUCUGAAGUGUGAGCCUAAAGAACCCUUGAGGGUGAAUGUUCUGUUCCAACAUAUACAGAACAUGCUGUCUGGUGACACAGCUGUGAUUGCCGAGACAGGGGAUUCAUGGUUCAACUGCCAGAAGCUGAAACUGCCACAGGGAUGUGGGUAUGAAUUUCAGAUGCAAUACGGGUCAAUUGGUUGGUCAGUUGGUGCCACUCUUGGUUAUGCUCAGGCUGCAUCUAAUAAGCGAGUGAUUGCUUGCAUUGGUGACGGUAGUUUCCAGGUGACCGCACAAGAUGUGUCAACGAUGCUGCGAUGUGGACAGAAGACCAUCAUCUUCCUGAUAAACAAUGGUGGGUACACCAUAGAAGUUGAGAUCCAUGAUGGGCCUUACAACGUGAUCAAAAACUGGAACUACACCGGGUUGGUUGAUGCAAUUCACAAUGGUGAAGGCAAAUGCUGGACAACUAAGGUUCGUUAUGAGGAGGAGCUCAUUGAAGCAAUUGAGACAGCAACAGGCGCGAAAAAAGAUUGCUUUUGCUUCAUAGAAGUGAUUGUUCACAAGGAUGAUACAAGCAAAGAGCUGCUUGAAUGGGGCUCCAGGGUCUCUGCUGCUAAUAGCCGCCCACCUAACCCUCAGUAAAUUAUUUAGAUUAUGCGGAGAAACGGUUACUGAUGAAUAGAACACCACAUUUUAUGCUUCCUUCGUCAACAUGCUUGUAGUUUUGUUUCCUUGAAGUCCUUUUGCGUGAUUUUCGUUUUCUGCCCGAGUAUUACUGGACCACGUGAAUAUUUUGUGUCUUUUAAUAUCUACUGAUUUUUUGCUUCA